AUGGCGGACGCAGUGAUCAGAAGCGGCACCACUGACGCGAAGGUCGCAGCGAGCAGCAGAGCAGGACGUGGCAAGCUGUACCACGUCACGUUCAAUACAUACGGCCAUCACGCCAAGCAAGGUGAGCUUUCAAAUACUAAUCAGCAGUCAUGGUCCGUGGUUGCUGCCGGCGUCCCUUGCGGUGCUAAUCAGCCACCCGGACGAGCCAGAGGACAGCAUCUCGCAAGGCUGCGGGGGCAUCAAAGGAGGAAGGUGCAGCAAGACGAACCGAAAGAUCUGAAAUGUGACCAAAGGAGAAGGUGUAGCAAAAGAAACCAAAAGGUUAGAGGAUUUCACUUCCCUGAUUGCUCCAAUGAAGGAGGAAGUUGCCAAGUUUUGGAAGGAGACAACCAAGAGGACGAACCAGUGGAGGAUGAGGAAGUUGAUUCUUCUGAUGCAACCAUAGGGUCUGCAGCUAUUUUGGUUAAGAGCUGCAAUGAUCCUAACAUGGACCAACUGGUGCUUGUUAUGGAGGAACAGUCCAUAAAAAUACAGCUUUUGCAUAAUAGAAGGCCUCAAAAGAAUUGAGGGCCUUGUGUUUGCAUAAUAGAAAGCUUGGAAAGUGUUGAGGACCUUGUGGUGCGGAGGAGGGUGUAUAGAUUUGAUGCUUAACCAUCCCUCCACAGCAAUGCCUCCGUUGGGGCGUUCUUUUUUUUGUUUGCCCUAUAUUGAACUUAAAAUUAUAUAUUUUCUUGUCCUACUCUAUGUGAAACAAAUGUGUGCAAUAACCUGUAGUAUUGCCGUGGUUGUUGUUGAAUUAGAGUUGUGUGA